GGAAACCUUUAAACACAGUUCUUGCUCACUUCUGCAUCCCUCUCGUCUCUCAUGGCGCCCUGAGUCGAUCUCUCGCUUCGCCAAUGCGAGCAUCGCCUGGGCCUAGGAUUAGGGUUUCGAUUGGGGCCUGGAGAUGGAGCAGAUCGAGGCGGAGAUCAGGCGGGUCCUCCAGGACCAUUACAAGUUCAGCUCCACCGUGCGGACCGAGGAGGACAAGAUCGAUGCCCUUGGCAAGGAGAUCAAGGUUCUAGAGGACCGAAUCCGGACCUCAGAGGCGGGGGAUUUGGAGCGCCAGCGAAUGCGGAACCUUCUUAGCUACCAGUCGACGCUGAUCGAGAGGGCGUCAUCGCGGACUGAGCUCCUUCGGGCGCUGCACGAGGACCUCCUACUCUUGUUCAUCCGAAGAAAGCAGCUAAGGCAAACAGGUGGUUCAGGUGCUGACAUAAUUCUCGAUGUAUCCCCUGUCUCUGGAUUAUCUAGCGGCGACAAUAAUGAAGGAUUAUUAAAUGACUGUUCAAGGCCUGCUUCCAUGGAUAUUAUGAGAAUGAAUGUCGACCAGGACAAUGUGGAGGAGGUCGCUGCUGAGCAAGCACAAGUACCUCAGGGUCUUAAUAUGCCAGAAAUACCUAUGAACAACAACACAGGUUUGACAAAUGAUAGCAGGGAGUAUGACGAUCUUCGGUAUAAGAGUAAUAUCCUAGACACCGUUGCUAUUAGCAUCCUUGAUACGAAUGCAAACAUUGAUAGCAUUUUAAGCAAAGCAAUGAAGAGCUCUGAUUUUCCCUGUGAAGAAAUUCAAGAUGCAGGCUUGAAAAAGAUACCUAGAAAAGGUGGUCGUGUUGCUAAUCGUAAUACAGUCAAGAGAUUGACAGUGGAUUUUGACGAAGCUGGUAACCCAACAGGCCCGAAUGCUGGGGCCUUUAAACGUUCAAUUAAUUCAUAUGUAUGCCAUUUUCUACCUGUCAGAUUCAAGCAAAUUGGUGAUGUUCCAGCCAAUGACUAUAAAUCAGUUUUAAAUGUAUUAAUGGAGAGGUAUAAUUUUGAUAUAAAUGGAAGCUAUACCAGGAAAAAGAUUUCUUCUUGUUAUAGACAACACAAAUACAAGCUCUUGGUUCGGGUAAAGAAAGAUCUUGAAAGAGGCGUUGAGCCACUAAAACCAUCUUAUGUGAAGCAGGAGGACUGGGAUGCUUUUGUUGCAAAGACAAAAGAUGAAGAGUUCGAUAGGAUCAGUAAGAAGAACAAAGCCAGCAGGAGUUCUGUACAUAAAAGAAAGCUGGGAUCUGAUGAAGUGAUACAUGGAUAUGUGUAUACAAAAGUGCCAAAACCCAAGCGAGUGCGAUCUUACCAGUCAGAAGUGACAACAAGGCAUGUACCUGUAAUAACAAGUGCAGCCCAAUAUGCCUCCAUGCCUGCUUAUAUUUUGGCAGCUGCAUUAAGAUAUGCUUGGAUGUACAGGUCGUAAGAAGAAGGUUCCAGCUGUUGCGAAUGGUAGUGACAAUGUAUUCAACUCAGGUUCAAUCCAUGUUGGUUAGCAUUCAGAUUUCAGCAGAUCUCGUGCUCUUGUUAUUCUUGUUUCUUAGGUUCUCUCCGAGCAGUGAAGCUUGUGGCAUUAUUUUACGCGUACCAGCCUCAAUAGGGAAAUUUGUUUUUAUCUUUCAAAUUUGCCCAUUAUUUGCGGGGCAUGGCCUUGUUUGUCUUCACCGUUAUUGGUUGUGAAACGGGAGAAAGUGUAGAUAAAUAAUGAACAUCCAAAAGAUCCUCGACCGUGCAUCAUUCCUUCUGGCUUUUCUUGUUUAUGCAGAAGUAGCCUCUGAAGAGGAUCCCAGCCAAAAACAACUAUCAGGCAUUUCUCUGGGAAUGCUAUAAGUAGUGGUUGCAAGCACCAUGUCUACCAUCAGAAGCUUGUUGGAACGUUGGAAAUCGUCAUGCUGAUGAUUUAGGUGUAUCACUGCAACAAGAUAACAAAUAAAACAAUCUAUAUAUGUUAAUUCUGAUUUAUGCUGGGUUGUUGCGGUUAUUAAUCAAGAUCACUGCUUUUUAUUGUGUGUAAGCCACUAUAUUAAUUUUAAAAACAUAGAGAUUAAAAUAGUAUUACUUGA